AUACAAGCCGAUUUAAAAAGAUCUAUACUCAUUGCUUUGCGCGCUACCCUUCCCGGUAACAAUGCACCAUCUACCAUCCAUUGAUUAUGGAUUGCACUGAAUAUUGAUACAGAAAAAAAAUAUUGUAGCCGGUUUAAGUAGAGUCACUUCGCUACAGACGGUCGAGAAAAGAGAAUGGUCUGUGAACGCGAUUAAAAACACUCUCGCUUAAAUAAGAGCUCGCUGAUUUUGUCGGAAAAAAACAAUAUGGUAUGAUAGAAAAAGGUCUGGUCUUCUUGGUUCGAAACAAAAUGUCAGCCAGCGGUAGGGAGGUUACUUAAUGUUUAAAACAAAUGUGGCAUUAGGCUUGAAGGAGGUCGAUAUAAGAAUCGAAUCAAAGAUGGAGACAAGCAAUGUUUAAUGACAGCCUCCGAGCUAAAUGCUAGCCUCGAACAUAGCAGUUACACGCGGGUCCCUCAGUGACUUUGGCGGAAAACGACUUGCCGCGAAUAAAUCAAGAAUACACAGGAUGUGAGAAGUUCGAACAACAGCUUAUAAUUGGUGUUUCGAGAGGUUGAAAUUCAUACCUGUACAGAUUGCUCAUUACAGUGCUAGACAAUGGAUGACUCAAGAGACGGAAAUGACGCUGCUCGAGAGGAGCGACGUAGAGAACUGGAAGGCAACGCAAAAGAACUCGCUAUUCGGGCCGUCAAUUUCGAUCAAACCGGGCAACUUGAAGCGGCAAUUUAUUACUACCGGGAGGCUAGUUCUGUGUUGAUGAUCGCAUGCAAGGAAUACGAUAGUCAACCCAUGUUUCUAAAAAAGGUCAAAGACUAUUUGGAUCGGGCAGAUACGCUUGAAGCCCAAUGGAAAGAGCAGCAGGAUGCCGCAAGAAGGCCAAAACCCACCUCAGAGGCCUUAGACCUAAGUCGGGCCCGUUUUCUUCUUAUGCAGGCAUUGGAAUUAGAUGAGGCAGGCGGAAUCGACGAACCACUUCAACAGUAUGAGGAAGCGAUUGAGCUGUGUCUGUUUGCCAAGUCAAUGACGGUCGAUAAGGAUCUGCAACAAAGGCUGUUCCAUGUAGCGUCGCAGGCACUAGAACGGGCCAAGACCCUUCGGGAACGAAAAAGAGAGCUCGAGGCAUCGACAGCUCCAUCAGCUCCUCCAAGUCCUGGUCCACCUCCGCCACCUAUUUAUCCGCUACUGCCUGUGAUUAACCAAGUUCGCAGGCCACCUGUUUCCUCUGAAUCUACUGAAAGUAAUCGAUACACCCCAUGGGAGCUGGAAGUGCUCGCAAAAACAUCUAUUAUCAACCAUAGAGAAUAUGUGCCCUUUCUAGGAGCGGAUGCACGUGAUCGCUUCGCACUGAUCCUGCCAUUUGAAGAUAAAGAUGGCCUUUUAGGCCUUUCACCCAAACAGCGUGCACAGUUCGCAGAAUGGGUUCGUCCGAGUGAAUUGGUUUCCGAGCCGACUCUCAUUGAAAGUACAGUCGAUCCGUUUAGCAUCAAACAAACGUGUGUCACCGAUUGCUCUUUUGUGUCGUCAAUCACCGUGUGUGCUUUAUACGAAAAAAAGUUCAAGAAGAGAUUAAUAACAGGCGUAAUUUACCCGAAGAACUCUCGCGGCGAACCGGUGUUUAACCCUUGCGGAAAAUAUACGGUCAAGCUAUAUUUUAAUGGUGUACACCGAAAAGUCACCCUGGAUGACCGAUUGCCUUUGGGCAAGCAUAAUCAGCUUCUAUGCAGUUACUCCAAUAAAAAAAAAGAGUUCUGGGUUUCGCUGUUGGAGAAGGCUUACCUCAAAGUCAUGGGUGGAUACGAUUUCCCUGGAUCGAACUCGAAUAUCGACUUACACGCGUUAACGGGGUGGAUACCGGACCGCGAACCAAUCCGCACAAAGGAGGCGUGUUUUGAUAGUGAAGCGCUAUUCAGAAAACUAUUAGAUCGUCACGAGAAAGGAGAUGUGCUAGUCACUUUGGCGACAGGGCCGUUGAGGCCGGAGCUGGAAGAACGAACAGGCUUGGCCGACUGCCAUGCCUAUGCUGUUCUAGAUAUACGAUUCGUGCAUGGCAAGCGACUCUUCCUACUCAAAAACCCCUGGAGUCAUAUGCGAUGGAAAGGCCGUUUCUCGGAUCGGGACUUGCGUUCAUGGACACCAGAAAUAUCAGAAACUCUACAUUAUAAUCCAAGGAAUGCGCAACAGUUUGACAACGGCGUAUUUUGGAUUGAUUAUGAGUCUAUCCUUGGUGUCUUCGACGUUUUCUAUCUCAACUGGCGACCGACGCUGUUCCAGUAUACGUCGUGCACACAUGACAUGUGGCACGGCGGGUCGGGCCCUGCGAAAGACUUGUACAACAUUGGAGACAAUCCUCAAUAUCUACUAAGCGUUAGUAGUACAGGAGCGGCCGUAUGGGUUCUUUUAACUCGACAUAUUGUCGAUCGAGACGAUUUUGCCAGCAACAAAGAAUACAUAGCGCUAUUGGUGUACAAGGGUGGUGACAAAGUUUACCUUCCCCAUGAUCCACCCCCUAUGAUAGAUGGCGCCCGAAUCAACAGCCCACAUUAUCUGGUUAAGAUUCUCGUCCAACCCGAUUCGGAAACACACUAUACCCUUGUUGUGUCGCAAUAUGAGAAGACUACCACAAUUUAUUACACAAUUCGGGCGUACUCAACCGUCCCGUUUAUGCUCAAGAAACUGCAGAACCCAUACAGAUUUACGAAAGAAGACAAGAAAGGUUCCUGGGGACCUGCCACAGCUGGAGGCUGCAUGAAUCACCUACUGACGUAUAAUAAGAAUCCGACUUACCGCUUUGAUAUCCAAAGCCCUCAUGAUCACAACCAAAUCCUCAUCACUCUAAAAGGACCAAGACAAUAUCAUCUAGGAUUCGAUGUGGAGGCCUUCGCAUUAGACCGGAUGCCGCUGAGUGCUUUUCCCCGUUGCAGUUCUGGUGUAUUUCGGCAAGGCUACACAGUGCUCGAGCUUAAGAACGUCCCUGCCGGAAAAUACAAUCUCGUACCGUGCACCCAUCAACCAGGCCAAGAAGGCCCAUUCUUUUUAUCCGUUUCAUGCGAUCACCAGCUAGAACUUCACCGGGUGCAGAAUUAAGCUAAACCAAGUCCACUAACGCCGCUGCGUUCGAGGCAUGCAUACCGCUUCGAUGUGCGCUUUUGUAAAGCUGAAGGUCAUUUUGUGUAUGACGAUGACUUGGCGAAGACCUUAUUAUUGACCAUGAAAUCAACUUUCUUAGGAAGUAGGUUUUGUUUGUAGAAAUAAAGGUGGUGAUAUCUGAACAAAUGCUUGAAGUA